AAAACCAAACAAGCGCCAUUUCAAAGCUCUCUCAAAUUAUCGCGUUAUUUUGAAGGCUUUCAUUCUUAUUUAAUUUUAAUCCCCUAGUCCAAUUCAUCUUCCUCUAUUGUUGGACACUAUAAAAGGGGUUAACCCUCCAUUGAUUUGCCAUCACCAACAAGCAAAGCUUUCAAAUAUCUACUCUACCAAAAAACUCAGAAUUUGUUUUUACUUGUUAUUUGUGUUUUCUAUUUUCUUUGGGUUUUAGCAAUGGCGUUGAAGAAAACCUUGGUGGAGAAGCUUUUCAAUAUUUCGAAAAUUUCUUCACAAGCUGUUACCAAUUGCCGGAUUUCCUCAUCAACGGUUCAAAACCGAAUCUUGCAGAAUGCUGGCAAAACUAAGACCGACAUGGCCCUGGAUCCAGGAAAUCGUAAAGGUGACAGUAACGGCAAUGGCGUGUUCAGGCGGUUUCUUUAUAAAGGAUCCGCGGUUUCACCGGCAAUGACGACUUUACCGAUGGGGAAGAAUUUGAAGGAGAGGUUGAAGGAGAUUGAUAUGUCAAAGGACCGCAUCCGUUUGGAUGUGUUGGGACCGCACAUAACGGCGAAACAGGCGGUGCCAGAGGUGGCUUCUCUGUCGGUUCAGGAAGCCAAGAAGUUGUUAAGGGUGGCGCAGCUGGAGGUGGUGAAAACGAGGCUGAGGGAGACUGGCAGAACCUGGAUUUCUUAUUUGGACUUCAUUCAAAUCUGCGGAGAGAGUUGUUCGGAUCCGGAACAGGGACGGCAGUUUGCUAAAUUGUUAGACGAAUCUGGAUCCGUUAUCGUUCUAGGAAACGUCGUCGUUUUACGUCCUGAUCAGGUGGCAAAUGCACUGGGAGGUCUAAUUCCUUUACCAGGACCCGGUCCAAAUGACCCAAGAAGAAAAGAACUAGUAGAGUUGGAGAGGAAGAAGGCGGUAAUCGAUGCAAAAGCGGAUUCCUUGGUCCGUCGAGAACUGUGGUUGGGGCUAGCGUACUUGGUGGUUCAAACGACGGGGUUCAUGAGGCUAACCUUUUGGGAACUAACAUGGGAUGUGAUGGAACCCAUUUGUUUCUACGUGACGUCCAUGUAUUUCAUGGCUGGCUAUGCAUUUUUCCUCAGGACAUCCAAGGAACCUUCAUUUGAGGGUUUCUACCAUAGCAGGUUGAACGCAAAGCAAAAGAAGCUCAUCAACGCUGAUAAUUUUGACAUCCGUAGGUACAAUGAGCUGAGACAAAUCUUCUAUCCCAAUUCAUCAUCGUCGGACCAACCCUUCAAAACGCCCUCAUUUCAUCAUUCUGACAAAACCCAGUUAUAGGAGGGGGGGAAAACAAUAAAUUGAAGUGAUACAAUUUUGUUUAGGAUUUAGUUGCGGUUUUGUGUAAUAUUCUGCGAGUCUUGUUCUUCUUUUCGUCUCCCUUUCAUAUAACCCUAUCAAUCCCUUUUCUCUUUAACAUUUUGGUGCGGCCCUAUCAUAA